AUCGUUCGUUUCCUCUAGGGUUUGUCUACCACCUUGCUCAGAACCGAACCAUCAUCACUCAUCAGCCAUGGUUCUCAAGACUGAACUUUGCCGGUUUAGUGGUGGCAAGAUUUAUCCUGGUAGGGGCAUCAGAUUUGUGCGCCAAGAUUCCCAGGUGUUCUUGUUUGUCAAUUCAAAAUGUAAGAGAUAUUUCCAUAACCGUCUGAAGCCUGCCAAACUUACAUGGACUGCUGUGUACAGAAAACAGCACAAGAAGGAUCUUGCACAAGAGACUGCCAAAAAGAGGAGACGUGCCACAAAAAAGCCUUACUCUAGAUCUAUUGUUGGUGCAACCUUGGAGGUAAUCCAGAAGAAAAGAUCUGAAAAACCAGAGGUCAGAGAUGCUGCAAGGGAGGCUGCUCUCCGUGAAAUUAAGGAACGGAUUAGGAAAACAAAAGAUGAGAAGAAGGCUAAGAAAGCAGAGGUGCUGGCCAAAUCACAGAAGGCAGGGAAGGGUAACGUCCCCAGGGGGGGUGCACAAGCAAAGGGUCCUAAGCUUGGAGGAGGCGGUGGAAAACGCUAAGCUCUCUAUCCUCCUUUUUUUUUUGGUUUACAGUUUAUGAGUAAUUUCGAUAAUCAAGAGAUACUUGUGUGUCCUUUUGGUACAGACACUCUACUUUGGGGUGUUUCUUGUAUCCCACCAGUAAUUCAGACCCAUGGCAGAAUAUUUUCUCUUGUUUUUAAAUUUUGAAGUUAUUGAUUAUGUUUAGGCCAUCCGGUUCUCUAAUCCCUAUUCGCUCUGGCAAGUAAGAAUGUCG